AUGGCCAAAGGAGACCACCCGCCGCCAGCCAUGGACCCCUUCUCGCCCGUCCACCAGACCGACGAGGGUUACUCGGAAGAUCCCUUGAAUCCAACGUCUAGCCAGGCUCUCUCGACCGCCAUUUCUGCCCUGAGAUCGCCUGCGGACCUGCCAUCAUGGCUCGCCAACAACGCGUCGGCCCUGCCGACUUCGAUCAAGACCGAACUCACCAUGGUACUCCUCGAUCAAUUACCGACGUCUGCCAUUGCCGAGAUCGUGCAGCGCCUCAACCCACGCCUAUACAUCGACUUCAUCCAAUAUCUGCCGGCCGAGAUAUGCUUGAAAGUGCUAGGAUAUUUGGAUCCCGCCUCGCUGGUCAGCGUAAUGAAGACGUGCCGCGCGUGGUACGAUCUUUCCCUGGAUCGCAAGCUCUGGGAGACGCUGUACUACCUCGAGGGCUGGAAGGCGAUAACUUCCGAAAUCGAGGCUUGGGAGGCGCGAGUCAACGCAAGCUUGAACAGCUCUAUUGGUCACUUGAACCGGCUCCAGGAUGAGGGCGGACGCGCCAGCAAAAUUCGCGCCCUCGACGAAGAUGAGGACCUCGAAAUGACUGACAAUGACCGUGUCCUGCCGUCCGCUGGAGAUGGCCUUGCAUUCGGCGAUAGUAUCUUCGGGUCACCACUGUCUUCAUUCACAUCAAACAAGCCAGCCACUCUGGCGGCGGAGCCCAGCGACGCAGGAGGCAGUUUCUCGUCAGCUAAAGGCAAAAGCGUGGACAGGAGUUUCGGGUCCGGGGACCAUGUUGUGCGUGCAAAGCGAAAGGAGCCCGGGGGCUCACCGGAACCAUCACUGCCACCUCUUGUCUCACUCGACGACCCGGGAUCUCUCGUUCGAUCUACGCUAUGGACCUGGGAUCUCUCCAGUACCCGUUACCGACUCAACUGGAAAUAUCUUUACAAUAUGCGGCGUCGACUGGAAUCGAAUUGGGAGCUGGGCAAGUACACAACCUUUCAGCUGCCGCAUCCCAUGCAUCCAGAGGAGGGGCAUCAAGAGUGCGUCUACACCCUGCAAUUCGAUGCAAACUAUCUCGUCAGUGGCAGUCGGGACCAGACGAUGCGCAUCUGGAACAUGCACACGCGACGCCUCGUCCGCGAACCCUUGGUCGGACACCGCGGCUCUGUUCUUUGCCUGCAGUUCGAUGCCCAUCCUGCAGAGGAUAUCUUGGUGUCUGGUAGCAGUGACUCCAAUGUCUUUAUUUGGAGAUUUUCGACAGGUGAACUGAUUCAGAAGAUCACCAAGGCGCACCGCGAGUCUGUCCUCAACGUCAGGUUCGAUAAACGCAUCCUCGUUACCUCCUCCAAGGACAAGACCAUCAAAAUCUUCAACCGAAGGCCGCUGAGGUACGGAGACCUCGGAUACGUGAUGCCUGACGACCCGAUAAACCCCGUUGCCACGAACAUCAAACGUUACGGCUUCGAGCCCGAUCUUGCGCAAGAGCUACCCGUCAAAGAGCCAUUCACCUUGAUUGGUCGCCUCGAGGGCCACGGAGCGGCAGUCAACGCCAUCCAGGUCCGUGGAAAGACAAUCGUCUCCGUCUCGGGCGACAGGCACAUCAAGGUUUGGAACUGGCCUGACCAGGUCUGCACGAUGACGAUCCCCGCGCACGACAAGGGAAUCGCAUGCGUCGAGUUCGACGAGCGCAGAAUCGUAAGCGGCAGCAGCGACUACGAGGUUUGCAUCUUUGAUGCGCCGACGGGACUCAAGGUGGCCCAGCUCCGUGGACACGCUCACCUGGUGCGGACAGUCCAGGCAGGCUUCGGCGACCUUCCGUACAGCAAGGAGCAAGACGAGGCGGAGGCUCGGGCCGUCGAUGCCGAGUACUUCAGGGCAGUUGAGGCAGGCGAGGUCAGCCAUGAGAACGACCGUAGGACCCGGCGCUCAAGGAGGGCCAACGCUGGCAGCUCUCGGCCAACCGAGAUCCAGGCUUUUGGUGCCAAGGUGCCACCAGGUGGAGGUGGCGGGAGAAAAUACGGACGUAUCGUGUCGGGCUCCUAUGAUCAGAGCAUCAUCAUCUGGAGACGUGACAAGGAGGGCGUUUGGAAACCUGCUCAUCAUCUGCGCCAGGAAGAGGCGGCCCUGGCGGCCCAGCGAUAUAUGUCAUUGCAGCUCGCGCCAUCGACCUCGGCGCCUGGUCAAGGCAGCGUCCCUGUUCAUGCCUCAGCCAUGACUCGUGUGUCGUCCUCUUCGUCACGCUCCGCUGGCGGACAGCCACACAGCUUGGGAUACGGAGCGGGCAGUCUGAACGCAACGAUUCAUGAGCGGCGUAACGAGGGUCAGAGACCAGCUGGACUGUAUACGGGCUUGAUCGACCAUGUUGUCCCCCUAGGGGCUGCAGCACUGCAGCAAGCACUCGCAGACUACCCAGUGAUGCUGGCGUACCACACAUACCUGCAACGCGCCAUCGAGCGCGAGCCGUCACCUUUUGUCAGGGCGCAGCUCCGACAAACCGUGACGACAGCGCUGCUCAGCAUUCAGAAUGGCCAAUCGGAAAGGCAACGUCGCGGGCCUCAGUCGUCCGUUCAGCAACGUCAUAUCGGCAAUAUUCCAACCGCCGGACCGUCUGGUGAGGGAAACAACCCCAGCCCGGAACAGGGUGCCAGUGGCCCGAUGCCCGGUCCGCCCCAGCCAGGAUACUCUUCGUUGGACAAUUGGACAGGCCAAGUUCACCGUGUGCCCCAACUCCCUGACCGAGUUCCUGUUGCACCUCCGACGGCUGGGCCGUCACAGGCUGGACAACCUCCACCACCACCGCCCCCACCGGUGGCGCAGGGCUUAGCCAACGCACAGCCCAUACAUCAUCACCCGCAUAUCGCUGCUGCUGAAAACGCCCCAGCUCGGGUGUUCAAGCUGCAGUUUGACGCGCGCAAAAUUGUGUGCUGUAGCCAGGCACCGGUAAUUGUGGGCUGGGACUUUUGUAAUGGGGAUCCCGCACUGGAGGAAGCGGCGCGGUUCUUUGCCACGGUCGACUAG